AUGGACAACGCCAAACCGACCGUCCAGAUGGACGAAGGCGACCAUGCUCCAACCAACCAAGCAUACAACUUCCCCUCCCAAACCGAAGAAUGGCAGAAAGACUUCGAGAAGAAACUCCUCCGCAAAGUAGACUUGCGUCUCAUGCCCACGCUCGUAAUAAUGUAUCUACUCAAUUUUCUCGACCGAUCCAACCUCGCGCAAGCAAGACAAGGUUCCCUCGAAGAGGAUCUGGGCAUGUCUGGCACAGAUUUCAAUCUUGCGACAUCGAUUUUCUUCGUCGGAUACCUCCUCAUGCAAUUGCCAUCGAACCUCAUCCUUACAAAAGUGCGACCGUCGAUUUAUUUGAGCGCGAGUUGUUGCCUUUGGGGCGUUGUUUCGACGUGUAAUGCUGGCGCGCAGAAGUUUACGCAUUUGAUCGUCAUUCGAUUCUUCCUUGGUUUUGUGGAGGCGCCUUUCUUCCCUGGUGCUGUGUUUCUGAUGAGCUCUUGGUAUACCCGUGCCGAAUUGACGCGAAGGAUUGCGUGGUUGUACUCUGGAAAUGCGUUGGCGAAUAUGUUUGGUGGUGUACUUGGCGCUGCCAUCCUGGGUGAUCUUGACGGUGCACACGGAAAGGCAGGUUGGAGAUGGCUCUUCAUUAUCGAAGGUGUAGCAGCCAUCGGCUUCUCACUAAUCGCCAUGUUCAUCCUCCCCAACUACCCCCACACCACAAAGUGGCUCACCGAAGAAGAACGCGCCUUCGCAGCAUGGCGUCUAACAAAAGACAUCAACGAAGAGGACGCCUACGGAGAAAAGUCCAUGUGGGACGGUGUCAAGAUGGCUGUUCGCGAUUACCGUCUUUACCUCUUCGUUCUUCUGCAGCAUGUCAGUUUGGUCUCGCAGACAUUUCAGUAUUUCUUUCCUACGAUCGUGGGAACUCUGGGUUAUGGAAAGAUUGAGACGCUUUGGCUUACGGCUCCCGCUUGGUUUGCGACGUUCCUGUUGUCUGUUGGUGUGACGAUGAGUUCGGCCAAGACGAAUGAUCGAUCGCUGCAUAUCAUCUGUCUUAUGCUCUUGGCUGCUGUUGGAAACGCGAUCGCAGCAGGAACUACAGUGGUCGGAGCUCGAUUCUUCGCCAUGUUCCUCAUGCCCAUGGGUGCUGUAUCAUCCUACCAGAUCAUCGUCUCAUGGGUCGCAAACUCCUUCCCCCGUCCCCUGGUCAAGCGGUCCGCCUGUAUCGCCAUUUGCAACAUGAUCGGCAACACAGCCAGUAUCUACGGCUCAUACAUGUAUCCUAGCAGCGACGGCCCCCAAUACAAACCAGGUGGUAGCGCCAAUGCCGCUAUUUGCGUUCUCGUCGCGCUGUUGGCUCUUAUGCUGCGUUAUGUGCACAAGUGGGAGAACAAGAAGUUGGAUAAGUUGGAAAAUGAGGCUAAUGCUGCUGGAAACGAGAACGGAAAGGGUGACUUAGCUGUGGCGGAGACGAGACAGUCUGGAUUCAGGUACAUUUACUAG